AUGCCGUCGCCAGCACUUAUAGUCGGAGGAGUUAUCAUCGCUGUAGGGGCCGGGUUCGCAUUCAAGCAGUUCGUCUACGAUCCCUAUCUUUCUCACAGGCUCCAUGAGUUUAUGGAGGAUCUACAUGAACAGAGGAACCAGCGACAUCGUCAACCUGUAGAGCCUCACCUUGCCUCGCCUCGUCGUGGGAAGUCAACUUCGGUCGAUUCGUUCAGCGAGAAGCGCCGCGCAAGCCAUGAUGCCGGUGACGCCGGGCUGUCUACGGGUACCGAGAUGCGAGAGGUCUCGUCAUCGGCAUCUUUGCGUCGCAGAGGCCCACCAUUCCAGCGAAAUAGUUCGGAUGUGGAAAUGGCUGUAAUUGGAGAUACAUUCCCUUUGGCAACCUUUGAUAAGCAGGUAUCCUCGGCACCCCGGCAGCAAGCAGAGAUAACCGUGAGGCAAGAGGAACUCCCGUCCAUUAUGCCUACACCUCCUGCUACCCGUAGUACACCGACAACUUCCCCUCGCCCGGCUCCCGCUUCUCCCCGUUCCCCGUUUUCGGACAUGCACGCUCUUUCCGAGAUUUCCUUCGACGCCCAUUCCUCUUCGGAUCCGUUUGAGGACUACCAGCUUUCCCCUCCGGCAAUGCUAUCCCCUCCUAUCGUUCCUGCCACAGCACCGUUUUCGCCAUUUGUCCUCCCGCAGUCCCCGCCUAACGUGACUGAUGCAUUCGUAGAUGUGCAAGCACGUGCUCAAUCGCCUUUUGUGGAAGUCGCUCGAUCUGAGCGACCUACUUCCCCUUGGUCUGAGCUCUCCGCGCAUUCUGGGGAGACAGCUGGCCAACAGUUGCACCUUCGCUUGUCCCGAACAGACUCCGAUUCUGAGAAGGAAGGUUCGGAAUCUGGGUCAGAAGGAAGCUGGGAGCACGCGCACGCAUAA